UGCCAGCAGUUACGUGGAGAUAUGUUGAUGUCACGGAUACUGAUGUAACUAUCUUGUCUGCGCCCGGUACAGCUCCAAGCCGCAACAGUUCUUUCUCUUUCUUAGUUUCCUUUUCCUAGACGUAGCUCAAACUGAAACUAACUGUUGAGUUGAAAGUUACAGUAACCCAGUUGAGUAUUUUUCGAUUUUGUUGUGAGCCUUUAGACUUAUAAGAGCCGUCCCGAAAGAAACAUCAGUUACAGUGACCCCAUUUGGGUCUUUUGAAGAAUAAUGGCGGAAGAGAUUGAGGUUAUCCACUCAUGGUCUGCUCCGGGAUCAAUCAGCACUAGUCUCAUGUACUCCUUUGGUCAGAGGGAUGACAUGGAAGUGCUUGAUGAACCUCCGUAUGCAACUUUUCUUCGGGCGACUGGUGUUGAUCGUCCAUAUAAAGAGGAGCUUCUGUCGAAAAUGGAAUCUGAUGGACAUAAGGUUGUAAAAGAUAUUAUUUAUGGUCCAGGAGAAAAGAAAUAUCGGUUUUGAAAGCAUAUGGUAAAACAACGGGUAACUGGUUUGCCGGAUGAUUUGUUGAAGAAAGGAAAGCACAUUAUACUGAUACAAAAUCCUCUUGACAUAAUACAAUCAUUUGGCAAGUUUGUUCGUCCAUCGGUUAAAGAGUUGGGUUUGACUGAUCUGCUCGCCGUGUACAGUGAGCUCUGUGAGCUGGGAAAAACUCCAGUCAUAAUUGAUGCAGCAGAUCUUCGACAAGAUCCAGAGGCCGCUUUACGCAGCCUUUGUGAAGACUUGGAUAUUCCUUUUCAAGCCGCAAUGCUAAGAUGGGAAGCUGGUCCCAAACCAAUAGAUGGCUUUUGGGCACCAUGGUGGUAAGAAAGUGCACACAAAUCUACGGGCUUUAAGCCACCAAGAAAAUAUCCUGAGCCAUUUCAAUUAUCUCUUUAUGAGUUGCUGGAGCAAAGUCUACCUUUUUACAACAUGCUACGGCGUCAUGUACGAAAAUCUUCAUCCCUAUUGAAGACUCCCUUACCAGAACCAGAUUUUCCAGUUCCUGCAAAUAAGAAGCUGCUUGCGUGGGUUGGUGAUGAGAUUCUACCCCGCGAUGAGGCAAAGGUUUCUGUGUUUGACUCGAUUGUCCAAGGUGGUAAUGGUGUGUGGGAGGGACUUAGAGUUUACAAUGGGAAGAUAUUUAAGCUUGAGGAGCUUUUAGAUAGGAUGUUUGAUUCAGCAAAGGCUCUGGCUUUCAACAACGUUCCAACCCGCGAAGAGAUUAAGGAAGCAAUUUUCAAAACUCUCAUCAGGAAUGGAAUGUUUGAUAAUGCACACAUCCGGUUAACACUUACUCGUGGAAAGAAGGUUACUUCUCGCAUGGGCCCAGGAUUUAAUCUGUAUGGCUGCACCUUAAUUGUGCUACCUGAAUGGAAACCUCCCGUCUAUGAUAAUACACAUGGUGUAACGUUGGUGACAGCAACCACACGUUGUAAUUCUCCAUGAAACUUGGAUUCAAAGAUUCAUCACAAUAACCUCCUCAAUAACAUACUUGCCAAGAUAGAAGGGAAUAAUGCAAAUGCUGCCGAUGCGAUCAUGCUUGACAAGGAUGGUUAUGUCUCUGAGACAAAUGCCACAAAUAUUUUUAUGGUGAAGAAAGGUCGUGUUCUAACACCUCAUGCUGAUUAUUGCCUUCCCGGUAUCACUCGAGCAACUGUCAUGGACCUUGUGGUGAAGGAAAAGUUAGUCCUAGAGGAGCGACGAAUCAGCCUAUCAGAGUUCCAUACUGCAGAUGAGGUUUGGACGACCGGAACAAUGGGAGAACUCAGCCCAGUUGUGAAGAUCGAUGGGCGCAUAGUUGGUGAUGGAAAAGUUGGACCUGUGACUCAAAGAUUGCAAAAUGCUUUCAAACAAUUGACAGAAGAGUCAGGAGUGCCUAUACCAUCCUACCAUGAGACUUGAACAAUGGAUCUCCAUAAAGGUGUGCUUUCUUCGCCUACUCCUUAUUCAAAUGUAUGCUUUAGUUUUUUUUCAGUUCGGUCAUUAUUGAUCAAUAGUACAACACAAUGGAAUUGCAGUUGCUUCCCCCCAAGUGAAUGAAGAUAUGAGUGUAUGAAGCUUUUACCUAUUGCCGGGCUUCAAUAAUAAUGCAACUUUAUAUUCCAUCUCCAUUUGAGAACUUAUAUUUUCCGCAAUAAUAAACUCAAAUAAAAUAGAGAACCUGCAUUUGUGAUCCAAGCUUGAAUAAAGAUCUUCAAUGAUAUUUGAUUUCAUAUA